UAGACCUGAACCCAAGUAGUUAUCAAGAAAUUCACAGCAGAUGUCAUCUUCCUCUCAUCCAUCAAUGGCGCUAGCUUUCUACAGCUACUCCCCCUGUAAACCCUCUUCUUCAACAAAUUCCAGUUUCCUUAGUUCGUCAUCUCACACGAAGCAGCAGUCAAAUCUUCUCUUUCCUCUGAGAAAAAAAUUCAGGCAGCAGAGUCGGAGCUUAUGUAUCGUUAGCGGGUCGGGUUCCGAUGAGAGCAACUCUCAAGAUGAUGAUGUAGAUAAUUUGGGGGUCAAAGCUGCAUUAUCAAUGCUCAAGUUCUAUAAAAGGGAAAUCUCACCAAUAAUGCCAAAAAGUUGCCGCUAUAUACCAACAUGCAGUGAAUACUCCAUGAUCGCUUACAAGAAAUAUGGAGUUGUUAAAGGGACAGUUUUGACUGCCUGGCGUCUUUGUCGCUGUAACCCUCUAGGAGGAUCUGGUUUUGAUCCCCCGAGAUGGUUCGAUGAGGGAAGUCCACCGCAGGAAUAACACUUAAUACUCCAUUAAACAGAAAUACAGUUAUCUUCUAAUAGGUUCUGGACAAUCAUGUGAGCAAAAAGACUGUUAAUGAUGAAGAUUCGCAUAGAAUGCGAGUCUUCGGUGUUCUUGGAGGAGCACAGUGGCAAGCAUUAGGGCAGCAAAACUAAACCAAACCCACAGCAGACCACAUUUGACAGUAAACAAUCUACACCAAACCUGCAGUAGACCACAUUUGGAAGUUACUUAUCUACCUUGUUAGAUAUUCAUACACAGUUUAAAUUCACUAUUGUAGUAGAAUUCCAGAUCCAUAAGUGAAGUGAAACUGCAUAUUCAGAAUUAUUCCUAAUUUACUUCAGUAUUGUUUAGCAAACAUCAUACUUCUACUUGCAGCAUAAUGUCUUAAAGUUUUUGUUCUCUUAUUCAAUUGGAGUUCAAGUUAUGCUCAAGACUGUAUCAUCUACGCGAUAUUGCAUCUGUCCCCCCUUACCCUGUGAUACUAUCGUUGCACUUUUUGCCCUACAAUGUAUUUUGAAGUGGCACAUUUGAUCCUAUUUCACAAGGACCAGAAGUACAAAACUCAUUUCUUUUGGCUGCAUAUAAGCUUGAGGCAAUAUGAGGUA